GUUGCGUAACUUCUCCACCUCUGGGAAGAAAGUGAUAAACCGAGGAGACUCCUUCAGGUCCCGGAGUAGGACGAGUGUAAACUCUCUUGGCUCCAGUAUCGACAUAGAGCAGCACUCCUGCCAUGGUACUGAGUCUCCUAGCUCUAGGUCUAGAAAUAGUAGUAGGAGUGAAAGUCGGAAAUCAAGUAGGAAAUCCAGCAGAGUUACUUCAAUGCUCUCCAGGAAAUCCAGCAAUUCUCCUAAACUUCAAUCAAAUGCUGUUGAGUCAACAGCAAAUAUUUACAGAGUUUUGAUGUUGGGAGCUGCUGGGGUUGGAAAAACAUCUCUGUGUGCUCAAUUCCUAUCCUCAGAUCAUAUAAAUACCUAUGAUAGAGCAGCUGUUGAAGCAGAAGACUGUGUAGAGAAGGAAGUGAGUGUUGCUGUAAACGAUAAAGAAAGUCGGGUCGUCUUUAUUGAUCAUCAGCAUGGAGAUAUGUCGUUGGAGAACAGUAUGAGUACCUACGAACCUUCUGCUUACUUGGUUGUAGCAGCAGUUGAUGACAAAGCUUCGUUUGAUCAGGCGGAGAGAAUACUUUCAUAUCUUAGAAUGUCUGGUGUGCUGGAAACCAAAGCUGUAAUACUAGUGGCGAACAAAACAGAUUUGGUUCGAAAAAGAAUUGUAAAAACAGCAGCUGGGAAAGCAGUUGCAGUACGGUUCGGUAUUAAAUAUAUAGAAACCUCUCCAGGUAUAAAUCAUAAUAUAGAUGAACUCCUGGUUGGGGUUCUCACACAGAUAACGCUCAGGGUUAAAGCUUCGGGAAAGAAAAAGUCCACUAACAAGGUUGCUGAUUUCUUGAACAGAAUACUGAACAUCUCGGCAGAUAGUAGUACACAGUGUUCAAACCUGAACAUACUUUGAACAGAGUACACAGUGUUCAAAUCUGAACAUUCUUUAAACAGAGUACACAGAGUUUAAACCUGAACAUUCUUUGAAUAGAGGACAUAGUGUUCAAACCUGAACAUUCUCUAAACAGUGUACAGUGUUUAAACCUGUACUUUCUCUGAACAGAGAACAUAGUGUUCAAACCUGAACAUAAUUUAAAUAGAACACUCUGUGUUUAAACCUGAAGAUCAUUUGAACAAAGUACACAGUGUUCAAACCUGAACAAGUACACAGUGUUUAAACCUUAAAACCUGUGCUAUAGUAUUUACUACUGUUCAUGUACCGAAUUGUAAAUGUCGUUGCCACGUAAUUCCCGGGCUGUAUCAUGGAUAUUUCAAACUUUGUACUCAUGUACUGUCAUGUUCAGUAAUCGUAAUGUACUGAAGUACACAAUUGUGAUGUAAACCCUUUCUAUACUGUUCAUUGCAUGUACGUUGUGAACAUAUUUUUUAACAAUUUGUUUUUUCACCAUCAUCUACCAAAUGCACAAUAAUGCUGAUAUGUCCUUAAGUAGAAAAAUAGUUGAAAAUAAGAUUAAAGUAACCAAAUGUAUCAUACAUGCAUAAUUUAAACCCUGUGUUAAAAAGUGUGGAAAUCGUAGAGAAUAAAUCAUAUCUUAAUAAAAAUUCAAAAUUAUAUUUUUGUCAAACAUGUUUGUUAUUAGGAAAAUUUCAAAUACAUAUUGAUUAUUUUUGAAUGAAUCUAAUUACAUUUUCCCUUAAAAGUCAACAUUGUCAAUUUUAGAUUUGAAGAUAAAACAGAAUAGAUUCCUGAACCUAUAUAAGACGGCCAGUAAUCAAAUAUUAGUCAGCAUAAGUCUAAAAGUUCAUUAAUUGUUUUCAUAUAUUAAAAAGUUUUAAAGUCGGUUUAAAUCAAAAACUUCAAAUUUUAUUUUUUUUAAUUUUGAUCCAUAAUCCCAAUAUUAAUAUUAUUAGUAUAGGACUUUUUUAAAAGUCCACCUCCCCCCUUUUUUAACUGACUGGUUUGCAUAUAAUUAAUAUAAUUUAAGAUUAUUAUAAGAUAAUUAAUAUUAUAUAUAUAUCAAAUACUUUAUGUUUAACGAUUCUAUUAAAGGGACUAUAUACGCAAUCUGAAUUAAGGGGCUAUGGACGAAAUCUGAAUCGACCCUUUACACAUUUAAAGAGUUGGCAUGUCUUUUAUCUGAAACGAUGAGAAUAUUCUUAAAAUGUGUUGAAUUUGGACAAUUUCCUUCAUCGUCUCUCUACCAUUAAUUCGCAAGAACCCACAAUUAAAAUAACUAAUUUUUAAGCCAGGAAAACGUGGAUUUCUCAUUUACCCACUGUGAGUUAAAGGUCUUAAGCUCUAAAACAAAAAUCUAAGAGAAUUUUGCCAAUUACUUUAUAAAAACUAAAGCUAAAAACAAGUGCUUAAUAGUGCUAAAAUUUACAAGUAAAGAGCUUCAGAAAAGUUCUAGCGGUAAAAUCAAAGCGUUGCGACACUUAAAAGUCGACCCUGUCGUAAAAAUUGAUGAGACUUACUACAAGCAGGCUGAAUCUAUUUGUACCUUUGAUCAAACUAGGAUAUAAAGGUACCAUGGUGAAUGGGUCGUGUCACUUUAAAAAGUGAAGGUUUAUAAUUUAUAAAGUAAACUGUUGUGAUGACUGCUAUGUAUAAAUUUGUACGACUCUUUUCUCAAAAUAAAAAUAUCAAAUUGAAA